GAAGAAGAAGAACGAAGUUGCGCUGUUCGGUGACCAAAAGUGCCCGCCUUGCACUAGUCGUAGCUAUGCUCGGUUUGGAAAAAUAAGACAAAACGCUUUCGGCUGCCGACACAGUUUCCCUACUUGACUUUUGUGGAGACUUCUGUGUGUGCUUGAAUCAGGACGGUGUGGAUUCGCAAGAUCCCCUCCGUUCAAAGUCUUGGCGAUCUAGUUGUCACGACACAAUGAUCACAAGAAGAAGAAGCCGUGCCACGGAGAUGCCGUCAGUAGAGGUUGAGGAGGUGAAUGUGGAGGAAAGUGUGCGAGAUCUCCCCAGCCCGUCUGAAGUGUUUCUUCCCGAUGACACGGAUCCUGCAGGGAUUGAGCUAGAUGACCUGUUUGAAGAUCUAAGAUGGACUCUAGAAAAAGAUGUUUCCUCGCCGCUGUUUGGGGUUGACCUCGCCGAUCUGGAAGCCUACGAUGUCCAGACCCAAAACUCUGGGUUCGACGUUUCUUCCUGCUCAUCUCCAGAGAGGACGUCGUCUGGCUCAAGGCGGAAAACCCGACAGAAUCAGUCCAACCACGUCGUCAACAAAAAUGCCAUCGCGGCCAGAAUGAAUCGGCUGAAAAAGAAGGAGUACGUCAGCAGCCUGGAGAAACAGGUUGGCGUCCUGUCGUCGGAGAACACCCUGCUCAAACAAGACAAUUGUCAGUUGACUAAGCGAGUUGAAGAAUUGGAGGAUGAAACCAGGUACCUGAGGGCUGUGCUGGCCAAUGAGAGCAUGUUAGGCCAGCUCUUGUCCAGGCUGAGCGGUGUGAAUGGGAUGAAAUUAUCUUCCUCGCUUUUCCAGGGGCCUCACUCUAACGACCAUGACUAUGCGUUGCCCAGGAAACGGGUGAAGGUGGAGGAGAAGGAGACGUCUGGUGGCGUGUGCCUGCAUGUAGACAAGAACCACGUCUCAGUGGAGUUCUGCACAAAGUGUGCAGAGAGCGCGAGCACGUCGCUCAAAAUUUUCUUCUAGGUAAUGGUUGCUCCGCCGUGGGGGAUGAGUGGCUUUCUGAACACCUUUUCCUGCUUGGCGCCAUGUUCUGCCGAUGGGAGGUGACGAAGCUGGACACGCAGCUGCAACGUGGCCUGGUAUUUUUUUAAAGGUAGUAUCGGUAACCAAUGGUAUAUGUAAUACAAACUUUCCCCACAUUCUGCAACAUCUGUAGCUGUCCAUCGUAUCAGCACAGCUCCUUCAGCACUCGGAGCAAUACUGUAAAUACUUGUGUAUUGAAAUGUACAUUAAAAAACAACAACUCAUUAACAGUUAAGUUUUUAUCACAUUUAAGAAAAUGUGAAUGUUUAAUUCUGAAUAUAUUUUCUUUGGAAGAAAAUGCUCUGAGAAUUGUUGGACAAAUAAAUCAUGUUCUCUGUUUGUGAAAUACCAAAUA